UUCAGUCAAAUCACAAACACCCCCCCCCCCACAAAGCACAAAAUGUCCAAGGCCGCCGCUGUUGCUCCCGUUCCCGAGACUGAGGAAGACCUCCCCGACUACAACGAGGACGAGGAAAUCGCCACGCCCGAUGCGACCGUCAAGAAGGACGUCAAGGGUGGUCACGUCGGCAUGCACAGUGCUGGUUUCCGCGACCUCAUGCUCAAGCCCGAGCUCUUGCGCGCCAUCACCGAGUGCGGUUUUGAGCACCCCUCCGAGGUGCAGCACGCAUGCAUUCCCCAGGCCAACCUCGGCUCUGACAUUAUCUGCCAGGCCAAGUCUGGUAUGGGCAAGACUGCCGUCUUUGUGCUGUCCACCCUGCAGCAGCUCGUGCCCACUGAGGGCGAGGUGAGCGUCCUGGUCCUCUGCCACACUCGCGAGCUGGCCUUCCAGAUCAAGAACGAGUUUGACCGCUUUAUCAAGUUCAUGCCGACCAUCAAGACUGACGUCUUCUAUGGCGGCACGCCCAUCAAGCAGGACGAGACCAAGCUGGCUGCUGGCACCCCCAACGUUGUCGUCGGCACCCCCGGCCGCAUUCUUGCGCUGAGCACCCCCGAUGCCUCUGGCAAGGCUCGCCUCAACCUGUCGCACGUCAAGCAUUUUGUGCUCGACGAGUGCGACCGCAUGCUCGACCAGGUUGACAUGCGCAAGGACGUCCAGAAGAUUUUCAUCCAGACCCCGCACAAGAAGCAGGUCAUGAUGUUCAGCGCCACCCUCGACAAGGCGCUUCGCCCCACUUGCAAGAAGUUUAUGCACGACCCCAUGGAAAUCUACGUCGACGACGAGACCAAGCUCACUCUGCACGGCCUGCAGCAGUACUACUUCAAGCUCACCGAGCAGGACAAGAACAAGAAGCUGAACGCGCUGCUCGACGCCCUCGAGUUCAACCAGGUUGUCAUCUUUGUCAAGUCGGUCAACCGUGCCAAGGAGCUGACCAAGCUGCUUGUCGAGUGCAACUUCCCCGCCAUUGCCAUCCACUCGGCCAUGCCCCAAGACGAGCGCAUCCAACGCUACCAGAACUUUAAGAACUUCCAGUCGCGCAUUCUCGUCGCCACCGACCUGUUUGGCCGCGGUAUCGAUAUCGAGCGUGUCAACAUUGUCAUCAACUACGACAUGCCCGACUCGUCCGACUCGUACCUCCACCGCGUCGCUCGCGCCGGUCGCUUUGGCACCAAGGGUCUUGCCGUCACCUUUGUCUCGUCCGAGGAGGAUGCCACCAUUCUCAGUCAAGUCCAGUCUCGCUUUGAGGUCCAGAUUGAUGCUCUCCCCGAGACCAUCGACAUGACCAGCUACAUGAACGCCUAAGCAGAGGGGUGUCUCUUUCCCCCCCUUUGUGUCGUUUAUUGGUUUCGUUUUGGCAGUUGUUUUUCUUCUCGUCUUUUGUUUGGUUAAGCGCUUUGUGCAGUACAGUACAAGUUCCAUUUUGUCGA